CAAAUUGGCCACCGUAGUGUUUGUAGGCGUUCGCCUUUAUUAGCUUACUCUUUCCUUACUGGCUUCUGUUUUUGAUUUUAGAUCUUUAAACGGCGUUCAUUAGCUAACUGUGCUGCAGAUACGUGGUUUUGUUUACGCUGUUAGAAUUAGAAUUAACAACCAGACGCCCUUUAGCAACAGAAAGGCGCCUUGUUUUAGGGGGAACAGCUUCACGCGUCUUAUUUACAGCAGACUGGUUAAGCUCUGCUAAUUAGCUAGCAUAAGUUUCGCUUUCUCGGCUGCGAACAAGAUGUCGUUCAGGAAAACAUUUAAACUUAUUUGUGGCUUCGCCGGCGGCUCGGCAGUCUUGGUGUUCGCUGCUAAUGCAGCCGAAUCUCGCGGAUAUUUGGGUGAGCGGCGCGGAGAGGGGCUGGCCAGUCGGUGGUCGAGGUUGACCGUCCUUCAUGCAGCGCAGCCGGCGGCUUGGACAACUGUCACCCCGAUUCCGAGUGGGCAUUCCUGGGACUUCAACUGGGACAAGAGAGAGCCAUCCACGCUGUCCAAUGGGAGGAAGAAGGAGAGCGUGACUGAAGACCCCAGCUCCGAGCAGGACAACAGCAAACCAAAAGCCACACGCCACAUUUUCCUCAUCAGACACUCUCAGUACAACCUGAGCGGAAGCAGCGACAAGGAUAGGAUCCUCACACCUUUGGGCCGUGAGCAGGCUGAUCUGACAGGUCAAAGGUUAGCAGCAUUGGGUUUAAAGUAUGACGUACUGAUCCACUCCAGCAUGGCCAGAGCUACUGAAACUGCACAUAUUAUCAGCAAACACCUUCCAGGAGUGGAGCUGGUGAGCUGUGACCUGCUUAGAGAGGGUGCACCAAUCGAACCAGUUCCUGCAGUCACUCACUGGAAGCCCGAUGCUGUGCAGUACCAUGAAGAUGGAGCUCGAAUUGAGGCAGCCUUCCGCCGCUACAUCCACCGGGCUGACCCCAAGCAGAAGGAGGACAGCUAUGAGAUCAUCGUGUGUCAUGCCAAUGUCAUCCGUUAUUUUGUCUGCAGGGCGCUCCAGUUCCCCCCAGAGGGCUGGUUACGGAUGGGUUUGCACAACGGCAGCAUCACCUGGCUCACCAUUCGCCCGAGUGGCCGGGUGGGCCUCAGGACUAUGGGCGAUGCAGGAUUUAUGCCCCCGGACAAACUAACACGAACCUGAUGGGUCAGCGCACCACGGGUUUUCUCUGCAGGGUUGACCCUCAGUUUCCUCUCCAAGUGUCUUGAAAUAAACUUUUGAUUCUUUUAUAUUGAAUAACAGAUUUGCCAUGUUGUCGGACUGUGUGGUGCUUUUGUUGCGAUUACUUGGCUGCCAUCACCAACAGGAGUUACAAGCAACUCCUUCUGAAUGUAACCUGGUUUUUGUACAUAAGUAGGAUUUUUUUAAAGCCAAUAAAGGUCUAUAUGUACAGCUGUUAACAUAGUUACUGCUGUUUACAUCUUACAUUUCACUGAAGGGGGCAUCAUUUGUUGUAAUAGUGGUAAAUAAAUUAAAAAAUGUGAAACUUU